AUGGUUCCAUUUCACAAACACAUGAUCUACAACCAUGAAUCCCAACCCCUCCCUCCAAUCAAAAACCCCCAAACCCAACCUCCCCUGCUCCCCACCUCACACAACAGCAGCUUCCCCAUCCUCCCCAUCUCAAUCCUCUGCAUAUUCGCCACAGCAUUUCUGCUAGUCAUCUACUACAUCCUCCUAGCCAAAUGCUGCUUCACUUGGCAACAACUUGACCCACUCCGCCGCUUCUCCCUCCCCCGCCGGCCCCCACCGCCACCCACCGACGACCCACUCACCGCCUACUCCCCCUCGAGCCACGGCCUAGACGAAUUCUUGAUCCGAGAAAUACCCACUUUCCAGUACAGGAAAAUCGAAAACCGGGAUAGAGAGGAGUUCAUUAACAAGUGCAUUGUGUGUCUGAGUGAGUUUCAAGAACAGGAUGUUUUGAGAGUGCUCCCGAAAUGCGGGCACGGGUUUCAUUUGGAUUGCAUCGACAUAUGGCUACAAAGCAAUGCCAACUGCCCGCUUUGUAGGACGAGCAUUUCGGGUGAGACCAGGUGUCUGAUUGAUCGGAUUGUCGCUCCAAAUUCUUCGCCUCAGGAGCCGUUCGAUGCCCUUUUGGGCGGUGAUGAUGACUUUGUGGUGAUUGAGUUGACGAAUGGGAUACGAGAAAGAAGUGAGCAGAGGGAGGUGGGGAGGAAAUUUGAUGAGUUGAUCAAGAUUGGGAAUGUGAAAAAACAGGGGAAACAGGGGAAGUUCCGCCGGGUCUCGAUAAUGGGGGAUGAGUGCAUCGAUACGAUGAGAGAGAAAGACGAUCGGUUUUGCGUUCAGCCGAUGAGGAGAUCUUUCUCGUUGGAUUCGGCAGCGGAUCCGCAUGUUUAUUUGGCAGUUCAAGAGAUUAUAAGACAGAGUGGGAGUCAGAGUGAGGUUAGAAGCAGGGGAGAGUCAAGUAGCAGAGGCAGAAGACAGUUUUUCCCGUUUGGAAAUGGGAGGGGGUCUAGAAGUGCUGUUCUUCCUGUUGAGUUUUAG